UAAAGCUAAAAAAAACAAACGGGGUUUCAGAAGAAAGUAACGUGAAAACCCAAACUAGAAAAACAAAUCAAAGCUUACACUUUCAGUUUGAGGUGGUGACUCACCGAGUCUUCACUCGUUAGCUUUUUAACAAGGUUUUCAUAUAUGUCAAGUUGGGAUUUUUUUGUUAUUUUAAGGUUUUUAAAAACCAUUGUUUGACUCAAAAAGCAGAGGAGAGUGGGGACUGGAGAAUAGGGAGUGAUGGUGAAGUGGAUCUGAAAGGUGAAAAUUUUCAGUAGGUAGAGCCCAAAGCUAUCAUCUUUGAAUCAAAGGGUGAUCAAAUGCUUUAGCGGUUUGGUUUGGUUUUUCUGUCUUCCGACACACUCAGACAAUGACGCACCCUUCUUUCCACAAGCUUCUUCUACCCUCCACUCUCCAAACCAAACAACUGACUGGUUGAGUGGUUGUGAAGAAAAGUCAGAAAAUUUCUUUUGGGACAAGGUCUUGGGAUUUUGGAAGACAGAGUUCUUUGUGUUGGCUCACUCGAAAUUAGUGUAGAACAUGAAGUCAAUAAAGUGUGAUUGGUUAAUUUUAUGUCUUUUUUCAACAGUGUUCUCACUUGUAAGCUUUUCAGCUUUGUCCACGUUCCUAAGUGAAAAACACCCUGUAAAAUUGCCAGACUUUUUUGUUUUCUUGAAAUUAGACUCUGUUGGUUGACCUUGAUUUGAUGACUGGUUCUUCUACAGAAGAAAUAAGCUUUAGAGGCUUCCAGAUGAUUUUAUGAGGAAAUAUGGGGGUGAACUUUCUCCAAUUGUUACCCUCUCUGUUCCUGAUGGUAGUGUCUGGCGUGUAGGGUUGAAAAAGGCAGACAACAAGUAUUGGUUCCGUGACGGUUGGCAAGAGUUUAUUCAGCACUAUUCCAUUGGCGUAGGAUACUUGUUGGUUUUCAGAUACGAAGGAAAGUCAGGUUUCAAUGUUCAUGUUUUUAAUUUGGCUACUUCUGAGAUAAACUAUCAAUCAGCCAUACGAUGCAGUAAUGAAGGGCCUCACUUUGCAAAUCUUCUUAAAUUUUUUGAAGAAAUUGAUGAUGAAGAUUCCAUUGAAAUAUUGGAUUCAUCACCUUCCCAUCUUGCUCCAAGUUCAUUGCAAAAUAGAGUUCUUGCUUGUUCAGUAGAUAAAAUGUCUCCUGCAAAGAGUUAUACACCUCCAGCAUUACAGAAUCUGUUCAAUGGAUCUAAACUUAAUAGCAUAAACUGGGGAGAGGGUGGUGAUGCGCAUUGUUCCAAAAGUGCCAAUUCACUGGAUGAUCGAUUCACCAGAGACAUAGGAGUUCAAUUUAACGCAGUCGAGUUUAAAAGAUCUACUGAAGAAUUGAAACUACGUGCUUCCAUGGAGGAAAGGAUGAAAAAAACUGCAAGAAAGAAGCGGAAAUCAGAUGGACAGGAAGCCUCUGCUGAGCAAGAAGAGGAAGUUGAAAUGCGCUUCAGAUUUUAUGAAAGUGCUUCUGCUAGAAAAAGAACUGUGACAGCAGAAGAAAGAGAGAGGGCCAUCAGUGCAGCGAAAGCAUUUGAACCAGCUAAUCCUUUCUGUAGGGUUGUCCUAAGGCCCUCCUACCUAUACAGGGGAUGCAUAAUGUAUCUGCCAUCCUGUUUUGCAGAAAAACAUUUGAAUGGAGUUUCUGGGUUUAUUAAACUUCAGAUUUCUAAUGGGAGACAGUGGCCAGUUCGCUGCCUUUAUAGGGUAGGUAGAGCCAAGUUAAGCCAGGGGUGGUUUGAAUUUUCAUUAGAGAACAAUUUAGGAGAAGGUGAUGUGUGUGUGUUUGAGCUUCUUAGAAUGAAAGAAGUAGUGCUGCAAGUUACCAUCUUUCGCAUUACUGAGGAAGUGGGAAUGUUGAAGCCUCCUCCUUCGCAGCAGAACCAAAACAUGAGCUCAGCUAAACUGCUGAGCACUCCCUUGCAGCAACACCUUAGUUCAACUCAAAUGGUUUGAAAUUAGCAGCAGCUUCAUCACUUAUAGCUCAACUGUAUCAAAUAAUCCCUUGCUUAUGUGUGGAACUCAGAUGCACUUUCUGUCCAACAUGUCAGGGUGACUUCAUUGGAACAUAGUUAUUAUAGUUUUGAUACUUUUCCCCCAUUCCUCUUCUUUUGACUUGGAUUGUAAAUAGAUUGUUCGAUCUAGCUCAUCAGAAACCGAGUCAAUGUUUUUCCUAUUGCUGUU